AUGAAAGUUGUUGUGGCAUGUGACUCAUUUAAAGGAAGUAUCAGUUCAAAUGAAAUUAAUGAGUGUAUUAAACAAUCAUUAAAAAGUAUUUAUCCAAAUUAUGUAAUUAAAACAUUUGAAUUAGGAGAUGGUGGGGAAGGAACAAUGGAUAGUAUUAUAAGACGACUCAAAGGAAAACGAAUACAAACGAUUGUUCAUGGACCAUUAAUGGAACAGAUGAAAAGUGAAUAUGGGAUAAUCAAUGAGAAUAUUGCAAUAAUUGAAAUGGCAAGUUGUAGUGGAUUAACACUUAUUCCAAAAGAAUUAAGAAAUCCUCUCAAAACAACUACAUUUGGUGUUGGAGAAAUGAUAUAUGAUGCUGUAAUUAAUCAAAAAGUGAAGAAAGUUAUUGUUGGAAUUGGAGGGAGUGGAACAAAUGAUGGAGGAACAGGUAUGUUAGAAGCACUUGGAUUUCAGUUUAAAGAUUCUAAGAAUAAAAUACUUGGAGUUGGAGGUGAAAUUUUAAAUCAAAUAGAGUCUAUAGAUUCUAGUUGUGUUUCUAAAGAGAUAUUAAAUAUCCCUAUAAUAGUUGCAUGUGAUGUAAAUAAUCCAUUUUAUGGUAAAAAUGGUGCUGCAUUUAUCUAUAGUCGUCAAAAAGGUGCAGAUGAUCAAAUGAUACAACAAUUAGAUAAUGGAUUAGAACAUUUUGCUCAAGUAAUUAAAAAAGUAAAAAAGAUAGAUCUUAAUCAAAUCCCAGGAACAGGUGCUGCUGGUGGACUUGGAGGAGGAUUUAUUGGGUUUUUAAAUGCAGAAUUAAAACCAGGAAUUGAAUUAAUAUUGGACUUGUUUCAGUUUGAUCAAAUCAUAGAAGAUGCACAAUACAUUAUCACUGGAGAAGGAAGAAUAGAUGAACAAAGUUUUAUGGGAAAAGUACUUUGUGGAAUACUCAAAAGAGCUCAAAAAUACAAAAUAAAAGUAAUUGCAAUAGGAGGAGCAGUGGAAGUCGACUCUAAUACCAUUGAUCCAUUGUUAAGUGUAUUUUGUAUACAAAACAAACCAAUAACAUUAGAAGAUGCUAUGAAAAAAGAAGAAGUUAUCAAAAAUGUAACUGUCUUAAUAAGAAAUAUAUUUAAACUUCUUCAACAAUAA